CACGUGGGUUUUCGGAGUGUUUGCGAGCCUCGUGCGCGUGAAAUAUGAGCGUGUAUACUUUAAUAGUCUAGCAGGUGUUAAUAUACUGGGUUUGUUGUUAAUACAUUGAGCUAAUUUAGCUGUUAAAGCAAGUAUGAGCACCGGGACGCCGUACAUAGGCAGCAAAAUCAGCCUGAUCUCAAAGGCUCAGAUUCGCUAUGAGGGGAUUCUGUACACUAUUGAUACGGAUAACUCCACUGUGGCCUUAGCUAAGGUGAGGUCGUAUGGGACGGAGGGACGACCCACCGACCGUCCUGUUCCACCGAGAGAUGAAGUGUUUGAUUAUAUUAUCUUCAGAGGGAGUGAUAUUAAGGACAUCACCGUCGGUGAGCCUCCAAAACUUCACCAUAGCUUACCCCAGGACCCUGCAAUCGUUCAGUCGUCUGUGGGGAGCUCGUCCGUAUCGUAUGGUCCUCAGGGAGGGUACAGUCCCUACAGGAGCAUGAUGCCCUCCUACAACCAGCUCGCUGCCAGCUCUCUGCUCAACCAGCAGUACGCCGCCGCCCUCGGCCUGGCAGGUCUCCAUGGCCACCCACGAAGGGGUCCUAUGGUGGAGCAGGCGGUCCAGACAGCGCCUGUGGAAAAAGCAGCUCAGAAGAAAGGCCUGCCUGCAGGGGGGCAGGGGCAGCAGCAGGGCCGGGAGGGUGGCAGGCUGCAGCGAGGCGCCCGGGGGAGUCCUCAGACCCAGCGCGGGGGCGGUGGACUCAGGAAUGUCCAGGCCAGUCAGCGUGGAGAUGCACAAGGGCAGAGUCAAUCUAAUGAUGAAAACCGGCCACCUCAGCGGAGGAGACAGGGUAAUCGCAGGUCCAGGAACCGCGGCCGAGGGCAGAUCAUCGUGGGCACCGCAAAGCCCUCCACCCUCCAGUUUGAGUCGGACUUCGACUUUGAAUUGGCUAACGCUCAGUUCAACAAGGAGGACCUCUCUAAAGAGCUGCAGGAGAACCUGACUGUCAAAGACGAUCUGUCCACUGCUGAAACCCGAGAGGAGAAGGUGGACUCGGGUGUGGAGACCCAGAGCAGUGAGGGGGUGGUGGAGGAGGUGUUUGGACCAAAGUGUUUUUACAACAAGGCGAAGAGCUUUUUCGACAACAUUUCUUCAGAACUCAAAUCAAGGCGUACGACCUGGGCGGAAGAGCGUAAGCUGAACGUGGAGACCUUCGGGGUGCCAGGGCGGUUCCUGAGGGGGCGUGGUUUCCGUGGUGGUUUCCGAGGGCGACGGGGUAGAGGGAUGAACCAGCGCAUGCCCGUCCCACAGGCUGUGGGCAGCGGCAGGCUGUGAGAUCAGUGUGAACACCUCGUGGGACUUUAAGUGGGUUUUGUGUAAAUACGUUUUCUCUUUAUUCUAUUAAGAGUUUAAUUAUUUUGCGUUCCUCCACUUCAGCUGUAACUGGUAUUUAAAGAGAAUACAGAUUCAGGCCUUUUUGUGUUCAGGAGCAACACUACCAGUGUUUCAGUUCUGUUGCUAAUGGCUAAUAGCUAACGCUGUGCUGUCGCUGCUACGUCGUUGUCUAGUGUGAAGCUGCUUUGAUAGAAAUGAAUGAAAUGAACCUGAGAUGCACUUUAACUUGUGGAUGUUUAAUUCUAAGUAAUAUAUAUAUUUUUAUUUAUGCUUUCUGAUGUAAAUAUCGCUGGAAUUGCAGAAUGUAAACGGACUGACCCGGUCAGCCUUUGGCAUGUUCCCCUAAUAUUGUUUAUAAUGGUUUAAAAAUUCUGAUUUCUUUUUUUCUUUUUGUUUUCCAAUAUUUUCCUUUAUUGUUUGUUUAAUAAUGGACAGGGGACUUUGUACAAAAAGUACCAUUUGUUAAUAAAAAAAAUGGAAAAUGGCUGAUUAA